GCCGGGCCGAGCCGAGCCGGGGGCGCCGAGCGCGGGACGCGGCGGCGGCGCGGAGCCCAGGUGUCCGCUGCCGGAUGGGACUGCCCCGGUGUGUCCGCGAGGGGUGAGGCCCGCACCGCACCAUGUCAUCAUGCGUCUCUAGCCAGCUGAGCAGCGACCGGGCCGCCCCCCAGGAUGAGCUGGGGGGCGGGGGCGGCAGCAGCAGCGAAGGCCAGAAGCCCUGUGAAGCCCUGCGGGGCCUCUCGUCCCUGAGCAUCCGCCUGGGCAUGGAGUCCUUCAUCGUGGUCACCGAGUGUGAGCCGGGCUGUGCUGUGGACCGUGGCUUGGCCCGGGACCGGCCACUGGAGGCUGAUGGCCGAGAGGUCCCCCUCGAUGCCUCCGGGUCCCAGUCCCGGCCCCACUUCUCCGGUCGCAAGCUCUCCCUGCAGGAGCGGUCCCAGCUGGACGCGAACGGCCGCUGCGUGCACCCGGGCCUGCCCCCGUCACCCGUCGGCUCCCCGCAGUUGUCCCCGCGGCUGCCCCGGCGGCCCACGGUGGAGUCCCACCACGUCUCCAUCACCGGCAUGCAGGAUUGUGUACAGCUGAACCAGUACACACUGAAGGAUGAAAUUGGAAAGGGCUCCUAUGGCGUGGUCAAGUUGGCCUACAAUGAAAAUGACAAUACCUACUAUGCGAUGAAGGUGCUGUCCAAAAAGAAGCUGAUAAGACAGGCGGGCUUUCCACGUCGCCCUCCACCCCGAGGCACCCGGCCAGCCCCAGGGGGCUGCAUCCAGCCCAGGGGCCCCAUUGAGCAGGUAUACCAGGAAAUCGCCAUCCUCAAGAAGUUGGACCACCCCAACGUGGUGAAGCUGGUGGAGGUCCUGGAUGACCCCAAUGAGGACCAUCUGUACAUGGUGUUUGAACUGGUCAACCAAGGGCCUGUGAUGGAGGUGCCCACCCUCAAACCGCUGUCUGAGGACCAGGCCCGUUUCUACUUCCAGGAUCUGAUCAAAGGCAUCGAGUACUUGCACUACCAGAAGAUCAUCCACCGAGACAUCAAACCUUCCAACCUGCUGGUUGGAGAAGAUGGGCACAUCAAGAUUGCCGACUUUGGUGUGAGCAAUGAGUUCAAGGGCAGCGACGCGCUCCUCUCUAACACUGUGGGCACGCCCGCCUUCAUGGCACCCGAGUCGCUCUCGGAGACCCGCAAGAUCUUCUCUGGGAAGGCCUUGGAUGUUUGGGCCAUGGGUGUGACGCUGUACUGCUUUGUGUUUGGCCAGUGCCCGUUCAUGGACGAGCGGAUCAUGUGUUUACACAGUAAGAUCAAGAGUCAGGCCCUGGAAUUUCCAGAUCAGCCCGACAUAGCUGAGGACUUGAAGGACUUGAUCACCCGCAUGUUGGACAAGAACCCUGAGUCCAGGAUUGUGGUGCCGGAGAUCAAGCUGCACCCCUGGGUCACGAGGCACGGGGCGGAGCCGUUGCCAUCGGAGGACGAGAACUGCACGCUGGUCGAAGUGACUGAAGAGGAGGUCGAGAAUUCGGUCAAACACAUUCCCAGCCUGGCAACCGUGAUCCUGGUGAAGACCAUGAUACGAAAACGCUCCUUUGGGAACCCGUUUGAGGGCAGCCGGCGGGAGGAGCGCUCGUUGUCAGCACCUGGGAACCUGCUCACCAAAAAACCAACCAGGGAAUGUGAGCCCCUGUCUGAGCCCAAGGAAGCAAGGCAGCGAAGACAGCCUCCGGGGCCCCGACCCGCCCCCCGUGGGGGAGGAGGAAGUGCUCUUGUGAAAGGCGGUCCCCGCGUGGAGAGCUGGGGGGCCCCGGCCCCGGGCUCCCGCGCACGCAUGCCUCCUCUGCGGCCCGACGAGGCGAUGGACUAGCUGCCCGACCGCGCGACCUCGCAUGCAGGCGGCUCACCUGCCCCCCUGCGUUUCCAUAGCAGCAUGUCCUACGGAAACCGAGCACGUGUGGAGAGCCUUGACCGUCAUCUAUGGUUUUUUUUUCCUUUGUUGUUUUAAAGGGGACGAAAAAAAAAAAACUUGACUCCAUGACGUCGACCUUGGCCGCUGGCUGGCUGAAUAGGCGGGUGUGAGGAGUUGGCAGACCCAAACCUACGUGCAUUUUGGGACAGUUGCUUUUUAAAAACGUUUUUAUGCCAAAAAUCCUUCAUUGUGAACUCAGAACCAUGUCGGAUAUACCAAGUGAAUGUGUGUGGGGUUUGAAAAUCGUGAAAAACUGGCAGAAAACUCCGGCGACGUGGUCUGAGACCACAGUUAGUUACUGCAUUUGAAAGGGACAGAAAGAGAGUGACUCCUCGUGCAAACCCUAAACCUUAGCACCUUCCAGAACCGUGGACUCAAGGAGUCGGGAGAGGGUUAGCCCUCAGUAGCUGCAGGGAGCUUCAACACAACUUAUUCGUAAGAAAGACUUUUCCAUUUUUUUUAUGGGUAGAGUUGUUGUCAGGAAAACGGAAAGGGCUUGAAGUUUAAUCGCUUCGCAAAGGGGUUUUGCAACCCUAGAAGGGCAUUUAGUGGUUUGGUGGGAGAAGUUUCGCCUAAAGGACCGAUCGGGUUUCUUAAUGACAGCCGCUCAAAGCCGGUUUCUGAAAUAGUUAAAUCUCUUGUUCAGUGAGAAAAACUUCAGGGUGAAAUCCUACACUUCCAUGUACAUUACAUGGCUCAAGAGUAAACAAAAAAACCAUUUUCAGUUCUCUAGGCUGAACUCUAGAGGGGUUCAGAAAUCAUUUAGAGCUUCCAGGAUAUAUUCCACGGCUUCAGGUAUGUGAUUGGAGUUAGAGCCAAUGAAAUCUAUGCCUGUAUAUUAGCAGCUUAGCUUGUUUAUAACCUGUGUAUUCUAGAGACUGCUAAGGUUUGUGUUCUUCUUAAAUACUAGCUGAUUGUUGUAGUCAGUGAAACUUACCCAGUUUCUGGAGGGCCAGUUUGGAAAUACUUUCAUUCAACAGAGACAGAAAUGCUUGUCCUUAACUGGCAAAGCUCUGUUAGGAUCUACAGAGUAACUUUGGGGCAACUCCCCCCUUUUUUUUUUUAAA